AUUUUCCAUGAUCUAUUUAUACAUUACUAUACGUUUCAAGGAUUAUAUAUUUGAAUUUCCACAUAAGUUGUUUGAUACAAUGUUUCACUGAGUUGACCAAGUAUAUUCUCUGUUUGAUAAAAAAAUUAAGAAAGAUUGGUUUGUUUGGUUUUGUUUUGUUUGGUGUCAUUAUAAUUUUUUGUUGGGUAAUUUAAUGGAGCAGGUAUAUUGUUGAUUUCAGUUGUCCACUACACGUUUGGUGCAUUUUAGUGUUUGCCUUUGAGUAUUGUGAUGAUGAUUGUGGCUAUAUUUUCUUAGUAUGUGGACUGAUUUUGUCUUUUUUUUUCCUUUUCUUUUAGAUAUCAAGUGUGGUGAGAAUGUUGGUGUUUAGUUGUUUUUAUUUUGUGGCAAUCAUUACAUACUGUUAAGAUUGCAGUAGCUUUGUGUUGGAACACGGUUACCCAUUAGUUUUUUACCCAUUAUCGUCAUCUAGUUUUAGUCACCCAUUAGUUUUUUAAAACUAGUAGAAGUUGAUGGUUAAAUUGAGUGAGGGCAUCAAUUUUGCCUUCACAUGUGAGGGCAAUUUUUUGCCCAUUGAAUUUUAAUCCAAUAGUUGAGAUGUGUUUAGUUAUAAUAGUAUUAGGUGGAUUUGCUUUUUCUCUCAUUUAUUUUAUUAAAUGUGUUUCAGUAAACGUGUUUCUUUCUUAACUAAUCAUUCCUCAUAAAAACCAUUCCUCUUAGAUGUUAUUUCUUCCUUCUUCUUCUCACCUUCUAAUAGUUUUGGAAAAUACUCUCAGAUAACUGAACUUUCGAAUAGUUUUUUCUAACACCAUCAACUUGGCAUCAAGGUCCUAAGUCUAACGAAGGUAUCCAUAUAUCAAUUUGUGGACUUAUAUGGAUAAAAAAUGUUUAGGGGAAGUUGUUAAGGCAUUCAUUUGCCUUUUAGAAGAGUUUCAUGAAUUUAAGGACAAUGUUGCGGCUAUGCGAGACGAGGCAGCUCAAUUAUGUGAUAAGGAGGAUAGGCGUGUGGAGGAUAAAAAGUUUUUUGAUGUUACGAUUGAGGAAGGUUUCCGCUUGUUGAAGAAUUCUGACAAGAGUGUAAGUUUUAGAAAUAAAUAUGGUGGAGUGAAUGAUAUGAAUGGCAAGGGAGUUUGCAUGGAUGACAGCCCUGUAAUUGAAUGUGAUAAAGAGGAACAUUUAAUUUAUGAAGAAUGUGAAUCAAAAUUAUGUAAUUUGAAUGUGAAGGAGUGGCCCGCUGUUACAAUUGCAAGGAAUUUUUUGGAUUCUGUGGAAACAAAGAAAGAGAAAAGUGUGGAAAAUAUAAUUGAAUCUAAAAUGGCUAGUGAUACAAACUCUAGUCAUGUAGGUAUUGAUACUGAUGUCGAUUGGGAUUUUGUGUUUGAGAAAGAGAGUGUUGUAAAAGUAGACAAGUUGAAUUUUGAAGUAGAGUCUGGUGUUGUGAAUGAGCGAACCAAUGUUAAUGCUGGUUUGAAUGAGAAUUCAGCAAAGUUGGAUGCAACUUUUACGGUGAUAAGGGGGUUAGAAAAUAGUAUUAGAAAUAACGGUGUUCAUCCUGAUGAAGUAGUAUUAUUGCACUUUGAUAAUAAGAGGAUGUUGUAUUCUGAACUUGGGGGAUGUCCCUUUGAUAUGGAAUUGUUUGACCUUGGAAAAGAUGAAUGUGGUAGACUUGUUGAGGAGGUUCGUAGCAUUGAAAAUGUGGUGCCGAAACCUAUCUUAAACCGUAGUUCUUUGAAUGAUUUCUGUAGUCUAAAUGAACAUGAGGCUGCUCCCAUGGAAUAUGUGAUGAACCCAAACUUACCACCAGAUGAGGUUCUUUUCUUGGGGGAGAAGGUUGUUGGAAGAAGGGUUGACUUUCAAACAUUAGGGAAGAACAAAUUAGUUUCUCCAAGAGUUGUGAAUUGUUUGGUUGAGAUAUUGACAACAGUUGAAAGAUUUGAACGUGGUAAUCAGAAUAAAUUUUGGUGGAUUCUUACUAAUUUGUCUAGGCCUGAUCCUGCAAGUAUAUUUACAUUAAGUGAACCUACGAAGUGGAUGGAGUGGUGUGGAGCAUUGCGAAGAUGUGAGAAGGUGUAUGUUCCUGUGAUGGCAAAGAUACACUGGUUUUUAUCAGUAUUAAUUAUGAAAUAUAAGAAGGUGGAUGUUUACGACGAUUUUAAAAAGUGCUCUUUUCAGUUAGGAACAGCUAUCAUGAGUCACAUGUUGCUUUCUAUGGAUAAUGUAUUCAAGGAUAAAAUAAUUAACAUUUUUGGGUCCUCUUGGAAUUUUUUUGGCUUCAAUGUUGCCGAAGCACCAGACCACAACCGAAGAUAUGUUGGAAACUAUGAUAGCAGCUUGGAGGUAAUGAAAACACUUCUUCGAGAGCAUGUUGACGGUGUCUUCAGUGAACAAGUGCCUCAAGCGAUUCAAAGAUUAUAUAUUGGACCACUAAUUUUGGGGUCUCAAGUGAAUAAGGUUCGAGACAUUACAAUAAACAAAGUUGUUGGAUGA